GUAGUCACAUGGAUACACAGGUUUCUCUGCACAGUCCAAUUUCGCUGGGUUCUUGGUCAUUUCAUUUUUUUCUGAUGUUAAGUGGGUCCUGUAAUUGUGUAUAGGCCAUGCACCAGAUUUCAUUGACUGUGAAAAUGAAAAGUGUAGCAAUGAUUUUGACUUAAAGCAAAGACCGUUUACUUGAAUAAAACUGUCACGUUACUGUUGAGAGUUAAUGUCCAAAUUACAUCAGCACUUAUUAUUAGACACAUCAAGGCAUGCAAGCUGAUCCCUGGUAUUAUACCUUGUGUGCACAAGUGAACCAUCCAGACUUUGAGCUACAUAAAGGUAACUGGCAACACAAUAAUGUGAGGACCAGCCAUUAGCCGUUUAUGAGGGUGAGAUGCUUUACCCCAAUAAACUGAAGCAUGCUGGUCUGUUUGUGUACUAAUUUAUUCUAAGCACUUUGUUUGACUUAAGCUGCAUUACCAAUUAGUUGUGCCUCUAGAAGUGGCUAAGGAUGGAAAAAAGAUGCAAUCUUGAUUAGCAACCUUGUGCCUUGGUUGUGUUAAUAACGUGAAAUAGUGGAACCCAGUGGAGACCAGAACAUUUUUAUGAUUUACUUGAGUUAUGCAUCAUAAAACCACUGCUGGUGAAAGUAAUUCCAUUAGAAAAGGAAGGGGGGAACGAUAUAAAUGACACGCCUGGUGACUGGAGAAUAGAGACAAGGAACAGAGCACCUUAGGAGCACUUGUGAGCUUGAAACCACCACCAGUUCAAGACAGACAGAAGAAAUGCCUUCUUCACCAAUCAAUCUCUCUCUGACCCUCAUGUGUCUGGCCGUGGCUGUGGGUGUCAUAUCAUGUAGUCGAUCUCACAUGGUUUUGAAUCCUGCUCUGGAAAAUUCCCGUGGUGCUCCGGUUGGCGAAGAGAUACCCGAGGGACUCACUAUUCCUGAACUCCAGUGGGUGCUCAGCAAUGCUGAGCUGCCCCCCGUUCAGGUGGACGAUGCCCCUCGGACCAGGAUGGAGCUUGUGAGGAGGGACUCGGUGACAGCCAAGCCAGUCAACUGCAUGAACUACUUUUGGAAGUCUCGGACAGCGUGCUGACUCCAGCUGGCCAAUGAGCUGCACCCAGAGGCAUGAUUUCCUCUGCUGAUAUGCUGCCAAUCAUGUUCCCUUUUCCCUCCCCUACUGGCUCUGCCCCAGAUGCAAGCUGACAGGCUCAGCCUCCACAGCACACCUGAGCCUCUGUAAUCAUCAUAAAUGUAGCAAUUGUAGGACAAAAGGUUCCUAGGUGCAAGUAUCCUAUUCUAAAGCACAAACAUCUUAAAAUAAACUGAUUACAGCAU